GGGUAGUAUGAAAAGGGACCCGGACCAACACACAUAUCUGACCGUUAGUGCUUGGAGCGAAAGAAGCGAAAGAAGUUCGUCAUCUCUUAUCUGCACAAAUUAGAGGCGUCUUUUCUAUAACCGAACAACAUCAUCCCAUACCCAAUUCUCUCCAUGGCAUUCUCUGCAACUUUCUCACAGAGCUCUUUCCCACGCUUUUCUCACUUUCCAGAAACUCAUAGAAGAUACCAUCUACGUUUUCUGUCCAUUAGAGCUGUCAAAUCUGCAGAGCCCGAAAAGGAGAAAAAGGCACCAGAACCCAAAACCAAAGACUCUUCAACUGCUGCUUCUUCUUCUUCUUCUUCUUCUAAGAAGAUUCUCAAAAAGGAAAAGCCUGUCUAUUCAAUGAAGAAGGGUCAAAUUGUGAGAGUGGAUAAAGAAAAGUAUCUCAAUAGUAUAAAUUAUCUAUCAGUUGGGCAUCCACCUUACUACAAAGGCUUGGAUUAUAUUUACGAAGAUCGUGGUGAGAUCUUGGAUUUACGCAUCUUCGAAACAGGAGAGUACGCACUGGUAGCAUGGGUUGGGAUUCCAACAGCACCAGCUUGGCUUCCAACUGAUAUGCUUAUUGAGUCAGAGAAACUCAAUUAUGAAAGAUUGUGAGUUAGGUUCUGAAAGCAGAAGCUCAAUAAGCUUAUGAUGAUCUUCAUAGGUUUUUCUUGUACAUCAGAAGUAUAUCCAGAAUUCUUUCGGUUCCAGAUAUCUGUCUUUUGUUGUGAAGAUCGGUGUUCUAUAUAUAAAUGGCCAACACUCCAUUGAAGAUGAGAUUUAUCCUUAUAUGUAGGUGUAGGAACUAUGAUAUAUAGUUUAAAUUUGCUAAGAUUUUGUUUCCUUGCUCAACAACUGCAAGAUAUCCUUCAUCUCAUAUGUUUGUAUAUUUGGUCCUAGUGAUUGUAAUAUUGUAUGUUUCCAUAUGUCUUAAUUAAAGAAAGCCAAUUUCAAUAAAAUCUGAGGUUGCAUCAA